CCUUAGGUUAUAACGUUAUCUCUCUCCUCUCUCCUCUCUCCCUCUCUACUCCUCUCUCUCUCUCUCGGCAAACCUGUUCGCCCGCCGUAUACUACUAUAUUUUUUAGAGAUUGUUAACCUCACAGUAAUCCCAUCCACCCCGGCCAAAACCUAAACCAAAGUGGGAGCAGCAAAAUACUCCAAGGGAGAGGUUAAGGGGAGAUGAGCGCGCAACCGGCGGCGGAGGAGGAGAAGGCCGUCGGGGGCGCGGCGGCUGCUGCGGGGAAGGGGAAGGAGAAGGCGGUGGAGGUAUCGAUUCCGCCGCCGGCGGCGACGGGCGCGAGCGGGACCGGCGGGAAGGGGAGGUUCGUGGCGUACCCGGCGCGGGCGUGGGAGCACGGGGACGUCGUGGCUGACGCCGCGCUCUUCAGGGCGGCGCUCGAGAAGCUGCACGCGCACAUGAGGACAAGGCUCAAGGUGCCAAUUAUUGGUGGGAAAGAUUUGGAUCUUCAUCAGCUGUAUAAGGAGGUCACUUCACGAGGUGGCAUUGAGAAGGUGAAAGCCGAGAAUAGAUGGAGAGAAGUAACUGCAUCAUUUGUUUUCCCCGCCACUGCGACGAAUGCUUCUUUUAUGUUGAAGAAAUAUUAUAUGUCACUCUUAUACCAUUUUGAACAGCUAUAUUUCUUUGGAGUGCAAGGCUGGCAUCAACAAGAAACAGGUUCUAGAACAAAUUCCUCCACUGAAGUAAAAACUGAAGCCCAAGCUUCCUACAAAAGAAAAAGGGGCAGCAAUGCAUGUCCGUCAGAUCCAUCUUUGUCUUCAGAUAAUGUUGAUGUAGAUGUAAUAAUUGAUGGCAAGUUUGAACAUGGCUACAUAGUAACUGUUAUUAUGGGGUCAAAAUCCACUAAAGCAGUCCUCUAUAAUUGCACUGAAGAACCUGCUCAGCCAAUUCCUGUACCUCCUGUUGCAAGUAACAACACUGAUUUGAAGAGUGGACGUCGCCGCCGCCGACGUAGGAAGAAGCUAAGUACAACAGACCCCAGACAUCCCAAACCAAACAGGAGUGGCUAUAAUUUCUUCUUCCAAGAUCAGCACAGAAUGCUUAAGCUGCAAUAUUCUGGACAGGACAGGCUGAUCAGUAAAAUGAUUGGUGAACGAUGGAACAAUCUAAGCCCUGAAGAGAAAGCUGUAUAUCAAGAAAGAGGUGUACAGGAUAAGGAGAGAUACCGGACUCAGUUAGCUGCUUACAAAGAAGAAAUGAGAACAGGCCAGCCUAUCAGCAAUGCUGUACCUAUCCAGCAGAGACUUCCUCAGGCAGAAGUAACAAUUGACGAAGUAGACUCGAAGGUGAAUGAAGGCGAUAUGUUGCUGUCCAACCAAGGGUACAGCAGUAGUGAUCAUACUGGAGAAAAGGCUGUAGAAGAUGAAGAUCACAACACUGACACAUCUCCUGAGAUGAGCAUGGAAACAACUGAUUCUCCUGGACAGCCGGACCCUACUGCUGACAGAGACCGCUUUGAACUGCUGAGGGAAUACCCCAAGGCUGACAAGAAACAGAACAAUCCACCUGAUUCAUGAUUGUCAUGAUUUGAAUGGUACAUAUCUGAAGGUACAAAAGAGUGGAAUUUCAAUUGCUACCAAGCUCCCGGAUUAGCCAGACGCCUUCUUUGCAGUAUCUGAUUGCUGUUUUCUGCUUCCUUUUAUACGUUACCAUUGUAUUAGGAACAUAGCCUAUGCGCUAAUGCUGUUUUCUGUUAGCAGUUGAAACACUCACUUUCCUUUGAACUUCGGAGGGGGCUAUGGUAGAUUGUUAAGGUUAACUUCCUAGUGUCCAGGCAUGUGAGUGGAUGGAUUUUGGAUGGAAAUAUUUUUUUAAAAAAAUAUAUUCUUUUAUUCAAUGUUA